AUGGCCGACUCCAACGAAGACCCAACCAGUCCCCUCGACAGUCCGUCGCCGCCCACUUCCCCGGAAGACACCGGAGCCUCGCCCCUCAGCAGCCCGCCUUUAUCUCGACUGCAUGCCUCGCGAGGGAGUUCUGACAUGAGUGUGCCUUCCAGCAUGUCCAACAUGACUGCCUCUUCCACCCCGCGCGGCACCCUCGAUGCUGCGCGGCGGCCUCCAGGUGCACCCAUGGCCUCAAGAGGGGGACCCCCACAGAUGAACCCAGAUAUUGCUGCGAAAAUGAAGGCAUUUUCUCUAUCCAGAGCAGGGCCACCGACGCCGCAGCCCAACAGAAACCCCAUAAGCCCUGCUGCUCAGUCUCCAGGUCCUGCGGUGGGAGGCUUUCCUUCUAACUUCAAGCUUCCUCCUCAACUGCAACGACCGACUCCUCAAUCCGCUAACUCUUCACCGGCUAUUCCCGGAGGUAAUGUCCCUAGGAAAGGCAUGUCCCUCGCGGAGAAGCGUGGAUUGAAGCUGCCCGGUGGACUGCCAGGCGCGGCACCUCCAGCAACCACAGGAGCGGCUCCACCUCCAGGCCGACAAAAGCCUAAGAUGACUUUGUCACAAAUGAGUGGUGGACCGACAAAUGGGGACACCAAUGGAGGAGAGCGGAAAGAACAGUCGGCGAUGGACAAGUAUGCCGACUUGAUUGAUACCAAGACGGGGGCUUUGAAAUUCAAGGGCAAAGCUGUUGUACAUGGCGAGGGUAUCGACUUCACGUCCGGCAAGAGCUUCAGCAUUAGUCUGGAUGAGGUGGACACGCUGGACGAGCUUGGAAAGGGAAACUACGGCACUGUAUACAAGGUCAGGCAUUCUCGACCCAAGUUCCGAAGACAAGGUCAAGGUCUGGCUGGAAACAAGGCUCGAGGUCCGCUGGCCGACAAAGAAGACGACACAAGCCCGCAGUCACCGACAAGAAACUCAGACCCAGUGCAGACUCCAACAAGUACGACAAGUGCGCAAGCAUACGGUCGAGGUGGCACCACUGGAAUAGUCAUGGCUAUGAAGGAGAUGCGCCUGGAGCUGGACGAUGCCAAGUUCCAGUCUAUCAUAAUGGAGCUCGACAUCCUCCAUCGAUGCAUAUCACCCUACAUUAUCGAUUUCUACGGCGCAUUCUUCCAGGAAGGAGCAGUGUACAUCUGCAUGGAGUUUAUGGAUGGAGGCAGCUGCGACAAGCUGUAUGGAGACGGGAUUCCCGAGAACGUGCUGAGAAAGAUCACCUACUCGACAACUCUCGGGCUCAAAUCACUAAAGGAGGAACACAACAUCAUUCAUCGAGACGUCAAGCCUACGAACAUCCUUGUCAACACAAGAGGGCAAGUCAAGAUUUGUGACUUUGGUGUCUCCGGCAACCUGGUCGCCAGCAUAGCCAAGACCAACAUUGGCUGUCAAUCAUACAUGGCCCCCGAGCGAAUAUCGAGCGGUGGUCCACAGCAAGCAGGAGGCGCAGCCGUGGGAACCUACAGCGUCCAGUCCGACAUAUGGUCGCUCGGCCUGACUAUCAUCGAAUGCGCAUUGGGAAGAUAUCCCUACCCACCCGAAACCUACGACAACAUCUUCUCCCAACUGGCCGCCAUCGUCGACGGAGACCCACCCGAUCUUCCUGCCGAGACGUUCUCAGAAGCCGCACGUGACUUCGUCGCGGGCUGUCUGAACAAGAUCCCCAAACUCCGCCCAACCUACCCUAUGCUCCUCCAACACGCCUGGCUCGCACCGCUCGACAAGCCCGAAACGAUCGCAGAAGAAGACGAAGAAGCUGCGGAGGCCGCAGCUGAAGCAGAAGCCAACGGCGAGCCUGUCCCAUCAGAACCGCAACCCAUCGAAAACCAAGGCAACUUCAUCGACCGCGAGGUCGGCGAAUGGGUCAUCGACGCCAUCGACCGCCGGAAAAAGGGCACCAUGGGCAAGAGCGCCAAGCCGGCCCUGCACGCCGCGCCGCUCGACGCCGUGGGUAGUCCUCAGGCGGAGAAGCCGACGGCUGGUGCUGUGGCUGUUUGA